AUGACAUCAGUGUUCUCACCAGGAUCUUUUGGCAGAGCGAGCCUGUUCAUCUUUUUACUGGGAUUCUUUUGUUCGAAUGAGACUGGGAAGAAUCUUUCGUCCCAAUGGGAUUUUCAUAGUCAGAAAAGCAAAUCAAAAGUUUGUCGACCUGUCAACCAGACCGUACUCGCGCCUUUUGACGACUCAUUCGCCAUUUCAUGGUUACGUCUCAGGGGCGGAUUCAGGAUUUUCGAAUGGGGGUUCCGUGACGUCACAAAGGUUAGGAUCAGCCACGUCUCCAGAUAUAAAUUAGAAGAAAAAGAAGAAGAGAAGAAGAAGAAGAAGAAGAAGAAGAAGAAGAGAAGAAGAAGAAGAAGAAGAAGAAGAGAAGAAGAAGGAGAAGAAGAAGAAGAAGAAGAAGAAGAAGAAGAAGAAGAAGAAGAAGAAGAAGAAGAAGAAGAAGAGAAGAAGAAGAAGAAGAAGAAGAAGAAGAGAAGAAGAAGAAGAAGAAGAAGAGAAGAAGACGAAGAAGAAGACGAAGAAGAAGACGAAGAAGAAGAAGAAGAAGAAGAAGAAGAAGAAGAAGAAGAAGAAGAAGAAGAGAAGAAGAAGAAGAAGAAGAGAAGAAGAAGAAGAAGAAGAAGAGAAGAAGAAGAAGAAGAAGAAGAAGAAGAGAAGAAGAAGAAGAAGAAGAAGAGAAGAAGACGAAGAAGAAGACGAAGAAGAAGACGAAGAAGAAGACGAAGAAGAAGACGAAGAAGAAGAAGAAGAAGAAGAAGAAGAAGAAGAAGAAGAAGAAGAAGAGAAGAAGAAGAAGAAGAAGAAGAAGAAGAAGACGAAGAAGAAGAAAAGAAGACAAAAUCCAUCAAAAAUUCCGAAAUUGACGAGCGUUUUUCUAAUUCUGAAGACAAGCUGAGAUCAAUUCAGAAGUAGUCAAGCGUAGUUGAAACUUGUAAGCUUUUCUAUCUCUCGUUUUCAAGAUAUUUAGCCGCGUUUUAAGGUGAUUUCUGGAGAACUAAAAUCUGACCAC